CCGUCGGUAAUAGCGUCUCCGGCGUCGGCGUCCUUCGAGCUCGAGAACCAUGUCGACAAUGGCGUCAACACUUCGCCGCAAUCUCCGUCGAGAACGUUCUUUUCUUCUUGUUAGGUUUAUCUCUGGCUCUGUUUCCAGCGGCGGAGCCGCGACGGAGCCCAGGAAGCAGUGCAUAGACAAGGUUCUGGUGGCGAACAGAGGCGAGAUUGCUUGCCGGAUCAUGAGAACCGCGAAGCGAUUGGGAAUUCGGACUGUCGCUGUUUACAGUGACGCCGAUAGAGAUUCUCUUCACGUUAAGUCCGCCGACGAGGCUGUUCGAAUUGGCCCGCCGCCGGCUCGGCUCAGUUAUCUCAGCGGAGCGUCUAUCGUGGAGGCUGCGGUCCGCACUGGUGCGCAGGCGAUCCAUCCUGGCUAUGGCUUCUUGUCCGAAAGUGGCGACUUUGCUCAACUUUGUGAAGAUUCAGAACUAAAAUUUAUUGGACCUCCAGCUUCUGCAAUACGUGACAUGGGGGAUAAAAGUGCUUCCAAGAGAAUAAUGGGUGCGGCUGGAGUUCCUCUGGUGCCGGGAUAUCAUGGCAGUGAGCAAGAUAUCGAUCAUAUGAGGAUGGAAGCAGGAAAAAUUGGGUAUCCUAUCUUAAUCAAGCCAACACAUGGAGGUGGAGGAAAGGGAAUGAGGAUUGUUGAAAAUGAGAAGGACUUUGUUGAUUCAUUUUUGGGUGCACAACGUGAGGCUGCUGCCUCCUUUGGCGUUGACACGAUUUUGCUUGAGAAAUACAUCACUCGACCAAGGCACAUCGAAGUUCAGAUAUUUGGAGACAAACAUGGUAAUAUUUUGCAUCUGUACGAAAGGGAUUGCAGUGUCCAAAGAAGACACCAAAAGAUUAUUGAAGAAGCUCCUGCUCCUAAUGUCACCGAGGAAUUUCGCGCAGAGUUAGGUCAAGCUGCUGUCGCGGCAGCACGGGCAGUUGGAUAUUACAGUGCUGGGACGGUGGAAUUCAUAGUUGACACUGUUUCCGGUCAGUUUUAUUUUAUGGAAAUGAACACCCGGCUUCAGGUUGAACAUCCUGUAACUGAGAUGAUUGUUGGACAAGAUCUUGUGGAGUGGCAAAUCCGUGUUGCCAAUGGUGAAUGUCUUCCCAUAAGUCAGUCAGAAGUGCCAAUGUCAGGUCAUGCCUUUGAAGCCAGGAUAUAUGCUGAAAAUGUUCCCAAAGGAUUUCUUCCUGCAACUGGGGUCCUCAGUCAUUAUCACCCUGUUGCAGCCUCAUCAUCAGCAGUCAGGGUUGAAACUGGAGUCGAACAAGGAGAUACUGUUAGCAUGCACUAUGAUCCUAUGAUUGCUAAGCUUGUUGUCUGGGGAGAAAAUCGUGCUGCAGCAUUAGUAAAACUGAAGGAUUGCUUAUCGAACUUUCAGGUUGCAGGCGUACCAACAAAUAUAAGUUUCCUUCAGAAACUUGCUAAUCACAAGGAGUUUGAAGUGGGCAACGUAGAAACUCAUUUUAUCGAGCACCAUAAAAACGACCUAUUUGUUGAUCCAAAUAACCCAGAUGCAGCAAAAGUGGCAUAUGAGGCAGUUAAACAUAGUGCGGCAUUGGUUGCUGCAUGUAUAUGUGCCAGUGAGCACUUAGUUUGGAAGGAGAGUUCUCAUAGAAGUUCGUUAUCCAUAUGGUAUUCAGAUCCUCCAUUUAGAGUCCAUCAUAACGUCAGGCACACUAUUGAACUAGAAUGGGAUAAUGAAUAUGACGGCAGCAGCUCCAAUCUUUUAUCAUUUGGCGUUAUCUAUCAGCCAGAUGGAAGCUAUCUCAUCGAGUUGGGAGACAAUGAUUCUUCAGGACUGAGAGUUAGAGUAACUCGUGUAAGCAAGUGUGACUUUAGGAUUGAAGCCGCAGGGGUGGUCACAGACGUCACUCUAGCUGAGUAUUCCAAGGAUGGUUAUAAGCAUAUCCACAUUUGGAAUGGCUUAGAACAUUAUCAGUUCCGCCAAAAAGUAGGGAUGGAGGUGUCUGAAGAGGAAGAAAGUGUCCAACACAGAAGCAGCUUUGAGACAGCAUCACACCCUCCAGGGACCGUUGUGGCCCCCAUGGCUGGUUUGGUCGUCAAGGUCCUUGUUGAGAACCAAGACAAGGUUGAGCAAGGGCAACGAGUGAUAGUCCUCGAGGCCAUGAAGAUGGAGCACGUCGUCAAGGCCCCAUCUUCUGGAUAUAUCCAUGGCCUCGGAGUUAAAGUAGGCCAACAAGUUUCAGAUGGUAGUGUCCUCUUCCAGAUCAAGGAUAAGUAAACAUUAUUUCGUUGUUCAAUGAAGCAUUGGCACUGAUUAACCAACCAGACUCUGUCCACUCGCAUGCCGAGCCAGUCUAUAUAUAGCAAUAAGCAUUUUGGGUGUAAAAUAAACACAGAACGCUACAGAGAUAAAUAAAACUACAUCCUCUUUAAUCGCCUCUUUCUUUGUCA